GUAGUAUUUAGUGAGGAUUGGCUUAAAAAGAACCCUACAGUAUAAAAAGGGGCGAAGGAGUGUUUAGGGUUUCAUUUGCACACGGUGCGGCGGCGUCAUCAAAACUACCUUCGUCUUUGCCGAUUCCGGAGAUUCUCUACUCACAUUCACCAUGGGGAAAACACGAGGAAUGGGAGCGGGUCGCAAGUUGAAGUCCCACCGUAGAAGACAAAGGUGGGCUGACAAAGCAUACAAGAAAUCCCAUCUUGGAAACGAGUGGAAGAAACCAUUUGCUGGAUCUUCCCACGCAAAAGGCAUUGUUCUAGAAAAGAUUGGUAUUGAGGCUAAGCAGCCUAACUCUGCUAUUAGAAAGUGUGCUAGAGUUCAGCUUAUUAAGAACGGGAAGAAGAUUGCUGCCUUUGUUCCAAAUGAUGGUUGCCUUAACUACAUUGAAGAAAAUGACGAGGUUCUCAUUGCUGGAUUUGGUCGAAAAGGACAUGCUGUUGGUGAUAUUCCCGGAGUCAGAUUUAAGGUGGUGAAGGUAUCUGGUGUAUCUCUGCUGGCACUCUUCAAGGAAAAGAAGGAGAAGCCAAGAUCUUAAGCACCUCAGUUUUCCAAGAUAGAUUAUGUUGCUAUGUUCUUCAAUUAUUCUCCCUGAAGCAGUUAAUGAGCAAUUGAUGCACACUCUUCCCCUCUGUCACUAGUUAAGUUAGAUUACUCGGUUGACUGAUAGAACCUUGUGCACGGAACCUUUUUGUUGAGCCAUGAUAAAGCAUAACUUUCUUUGCGAACAAAACAGAUUCUGUUAUGGUUAAUUUGAAUGUAAUACAUCAUCCCCUUCCCUUUUUCCAUCAAAUGCCAUAAGUUUUGUUUUGGAAUGA